AUGUCUAUAAUUGCCCAAUCUCAAUUCAUACGAGAGUGCCAUAACUCAUCUGAGUGGAAAUGGUCAGAUAUAGCAGCCGAAUGUGAGCGAUUUUUGGCACCACAUGGUUAUUGUGGAGUUCAGAUUUCUCCUCCGAAUGAAAACCGUAUCGUCACAAACCCGAACAGACCUUGGUGGGAGCGGUAUCAACCAGUCAGCUAUGAACUGGUCACCAGAAGUGGAAAUGAGCAGGAUUUUAAAAACAUGGUGGAAAGAUGCAACAAUGUUGGCGUGAGAAUAUAUGCGGAUGCUGUUGUCAAUCAUAUGACCGGGGUCGGUGGUACAGGAUACGGGACAGGGGGGACACAUUACGACGCCAACACUCUCCAGUUUGUGGGAGUUCCAUUCGGUGGAAACGAUUUUAACGGAGUCAGUGAAUGCCACACCCAUGAUCUGAACAUCCAUGAUUACAACAACGUGAACGAAGUGAGGAAUUGUCGUCUGGUCGGAUUGGCAGACCUGAAACUCUCCUCCAACUAUGUCCGUGAUAGAAUCGCUGGAUUUCUGAACAAGUUAAUCGAUAUUGGCGUGGCAGGACUGAGAAUAGACGCCUCGAAACACAUGUGGCCAGGCGAUAUUUCAGCAAUUCUUAGCAAAACAAAGGAUCUUCGAUCAGACAUCUUCGGUACCGAAAAGAAACUGUUUGUCUUCCAAGAGGUCAUUGACCUGGGCCAUGAACCCAUCAAAGGCGACGAAUACGUUGAAACUGGUAAAGUUACCAACUUCAGAUUUGGCAUCGAACUUGGGAAGGUGUUCAGGAAACAGAAUCCCUUGAAAUAUCUGUCCAACUUUGGAGAAGGAUGGGGCAUGAUGGAUGGUCAUUAUGCUGUGAAUUUUAUUGAUAAUCAUGACAACCAACGUGGACACGGCGGAGGUGGUUCCGUACUGACUCAUUGGGAACCUAGACCAUACAAGAUGGCGACCGCUUUCAUGUUAGCUCACCCGUAUGGAUUUCCGAGGAUAAUGAGUAGCUAUGAGUAUGACAGGCAGUAUGACUGGAUAGGACCACCUCACAAUGGAGAUAUGAGUACUAAAGAUGUCAUUAUCAACAGCGACAAGACCUGUGGCAACGGAUGGUCAUGCGAACAUAGAUGGCGCCAAAUAUACAACAUGGUCGCAUUCAGAAACGCAGCAGGUUUUGAAGGUUUGACAAACUGGUGGGCCGGCUCUGAUUAUCAGAUUGCGUUUUCGAGGGGUAGCAAGGCCUUCAUUGCGUUCAAUCUCGAAGACUGGGAUCUCAACACAUCGUUAAAUACAGGAAUGCCAUCAGGAACAUACUGUGACGUCAUAUCCGGAAGUUUGGUUGAGGGUCGGUGUACCGGGCGGACAGUUCAGGUAGACAGUGGAGGAAAUGCUAAUAUACAUGUCAGUAACAGCUGGGAAGAUCCAAUGGUAGCUUUUCACGUGGGUAAGUUCCUGUAG